UUUCCUCCUGGCCAGAUGGGGGCAGCAAUGCGCCGGUGAACCCCAAAACGCUCAAAGAAGUUGAAGUGAGCGAAACUCAAACAAACCAGUUGGUCUAGAUUGUGCACAGGUCCUCGUAACAGGUGCUUUAAAAAAUAUAUAUUUUUUGCCAUUUAAACAGUGGAGAUUGUGCAUAAUAGAGUCGAUGUAUGUGCUGUGUCUGUCUGUAGUAAGCCCGCGUAAAAAUAUUGCUGUCUGUGGGUUAGCCCUGCUUAAAACGUUAGCCUGGUUACCAGGCUACCAAUGAAUGCUAACCGGGUUAUAGCUCCUAAAAACGGCAGGAACAAAGCUCCAGUCGGGCGGAUGAAGGAACACCGAGCCUUCAGAGCCAGCAGAGUGCUGGCUGAGAGGAACCAGGCGGUGGUGGCGGUGGGAGCCUGGGUGGAGGGCGGACAAGACUUCGUGGAGCAUCCGGCUACUCUUGCUUUGCUGACUGAUGAGCUACAGGCAGAGAAGAGGAGGGAGAACGAAGAGAGCCUUCAGCGUUUUCAGGAUGAAGUGCGCCACCGUGUGGCACAGAAAGCACAUUUGUUCAAGAAGAGACAGCAGCUGCAGACAGAUCCAGUGGUGACACCUGACAUGCGAGUCAUCUGGACCCAUCGUGAAGGUGAGACAGUGAGAACUGCUGCACAGCAAAGGGUGAUGGAAAGGAGACCUCAGGAGUCUGCUGAAGGCAUGAGGCAGGUCAGACUCAGACUGGCUGCCUGUCAGGUGAUGCAGCAAGAGGAAACAACGUCAGAACUUCCUGGAGGCAGCUGGAACAUCUCUCAAACGAGACAUAAAGCAGAAUCUCAUGCUCUGGAAGCAGAGCAGGAUGCUCUAGGAGAGGAAGAUGAUGUUGUCUUCACCAGUCGACAUGAAUGUCCACUUGUUCAACAGAAGGGAAGUGAACGUCCACUGUGGAAUCCUGAACAAUCACAACCUGAUUCGGGAUUCACAUCCAGCUUCAGAAUCUGGCCUCUGACUGACCAAGAAGAACUGAAAAGACAGCGCCAGUCUCAGUUCCUGAUGCACCGCCGCCUGGCCAUGAACAUCGAGAGAGAGCAAGUGAAGGAGAACAAGCAGCACAGGAAGCACCUGAAACAGACAGCAAGGAUCAAAGCAGAGAAAGAACAGAUGCGUCUGGAGGAGGAGAGGAAGCUGGAGAGAGUUCAACAGCUCGCAGAGGCCAAGCAGAAGCUGGAGGAGAGGGAGCUGCUCAUUCUGGAGCGACUAAAGCUUGAGGAGGAGGAGAGAGCUGUGGAGUUACAGAGGAGGAAAAGAGAGGAGAAAGGCAAAGUAGCUGCUAGGUUCAUUGAAGCUCUGAGAGCUCAAAUGAAGGAGCGAAUGUCUCAGGUGAAACUGGAGCUCCCUCCUCUCUGCUGCUGUGCGUCCUCGUUCUGGGACUCCCACCCCGACACCUGCGCUAACAACUGUGUUUUCUACAAUAAUCCCAAAGUGUAUGCCCAGGCCCUACAUUCAGCAUUGGCGAGUUUGGAUUUGCAGUAAAAGGAAGCUGAUGUCUGCCUGAAGGUCCGGUCUCAGAUUUUGGAAAAUCUUGUGUACGUUUUCUAGCCUACGUUCAGAUCAGUGCUCUCGCUUAGCACUGAGGAGUCCAGGACAUGUUGAGCCUCUACAAUAGAAGAGAUUUAUAUGUUUCAGUUUAUUGUUGUCUUCCAGAAAUAAAAUCAUACGUUUCACGUAGCUCUAA